UUUUUCGGUGCAUAUAUAUGCGCAUAUUUUUGGAUUUUUCGUGCAUAUUUCGAAACACCCUACUUAUAAGACAUCACUUUCUUUGUUGCAACAUUAUUUUUUACGACUUUUUUACGUCUCUUUUUCUUUAGGGACCCUGAUGGCUGUUUUUCGCCCUCUUCUAAUUUUGUCUUUUAGUUCACCAUAUUCCAUGAUAACCCUUAAUCCACUUAAUUUUCUUGAAAUCACACAAAAGAAUUAAAAAUUGCUAGUCCCCAAAAACCUUCACAAAUCUCUAAAUUUCUCUACUAACCCUUAAAUCAAAAAAAACUCCUUUUUUCAACAAAUCACUGGUCUCUCUGUUUCUUCUUCAAAGUAGAGUAAGUCGAGUUCGAGCUCAGUUUUUCCAAUUACACGGUACUCGAAUUACUCUACUUCAGACACAGAUUUGCCUAUUAAUCCGUUCAAACUUCUCGAUGUUAAAUAUUGUUCAAAAACAUGAUUCUCUAUUAAUUCCUCAAAUCCCUUGAUAUCUCUCUCAACUCAUCAAACCUUUUUAGCAAAAUGGAUCCACCAAAACACGUUAUUCAGUCGGUCCCGUGCUUUGCAACGGCCGUGCUCGCUUCGCUCGCGGCGGCCGUGGUCUCAGUCUUCACGUCGAAUUUGUCUUUUAAUUGUUUCUUUUGAUUUAAGAGCCAAAAAUUUUUCUAGAUCGGUUUGCCCUGAUCUUUGCCUCUCACUUAAUGACGUACAAUUAUCCUAACCAUUUUCUGGACCCAAAGUGUUCGCACUUUUAGCUUAUCUUAUUUAGUCUCUCAUACGCAAUUUUUAAGUCUUUGGCUUCCACCGUAACUUAUUUCCUUUUUCAGAAAAUUCAAAAUUUUUGUCCCUUAAUUUGUUCAAUUCUAAAUUACUAAAUGAACAAAUAACAUUUGUCUAUUGUUUUAUUUCUCCUUUUAGUCUUUUUGUACUUUUAGUCUAGUUUUAGUCUAUACUUUUAGUCUAGCCUUUUGUACAUUUUAACUCUUAAGCCCUUUUGCACUUUUAAAGCAGUUAGAUCUUUUGUGCUUUUAACGCACCUUAAAUCCUCUGUGUCUGGGUCCUUUUAUGUUGUUACGUUAAAGUUAAAUAGUUGCGAUAAAAUGGCUGCGAUUAAUUUUCCUCAAACGAACUUUUUGCAAUUAUAUGGCACACGGCUGGUAAUCCCUGCGAUUAAAUGGCGGACGGCUGUUGUUUUUUGUUUACCGCUAAAUUUUCAUCAAAAAUUAGAGAAAAACAACUUUUUUGUGAAGAAGUGCUAAGUAACAGAACACUUACGCGGCUGUGUCAGAGAAUUCUAUUCUCUUUAUUUUUCUCUUUUUUUAAAAGUCUUUUGUUUAUUUUUCUCUAAAUUAUCGUUAAAAAUUUUCGCUUCAAUAAAAAUUCAUUUUUUAAGGAUGAAAAUUUGUAAACAAAAACAAGACUGCACUACCAAUAUUUUAUCAAUCUCGCCAAUAGAAGAAGGUGAAAAUCAUCAUCAACAACAACAAAAUCAAAUAACAAAGGAGAAUAAUGAAAAAAUGAACGCCUUUUCAACAAUUGUAAAUAACAACAACAACGAAUCAGUUCAAUCCAAAAUUCUUUUGCCACCUUUCAAAAAACGAAGGAAACGAACAAAUUUGGAUACUGCACAAAAAUUGUCUUUGGAUACCUUUUUCAGAAUUGAUCCACGUCCAGACAAUGCCCGUAUGGUUGAAAUUGCAACUUUACUAGAUUUGGAUCACGACGUUGUACGUGUCUGGUUUUGUAAUCGACGCCAAAAAUUACGCAAAAAAUAA